CAGGAUCGCAGUACCAGGAGAUCAGAAUCAUCCAAGAUGAAGACGGUACUGUUUGCCUGCCUGAUCGCGUACGCCGCCGCGCAGACGAAAUACGACUCGUCUCAUGAUGACGUAGAUCUGUCCGAGGUGUUGGGGAAUGAGAGGUUGCUAGUGGCGUAUACAAAUUGUUUGGUGGAUAAGGGCCCGUGCACCCCGGAGGUUAAGCAGCUGAAAGAGAAACUUCCCGAGGCCCUCUCAACCCACUGCUCCAAAUGCACAGACAAACAGAAGAGCGCCGGCAAACAGCUGGUCAAGGAGCUCAAGGACAAACACCCCGACCUCUGGAAACAGCUCGUCUCUAAAUACGACCCCAACGGCAAAUACCACAAGUCCUUCGAAGACUUCCUGAAGAAUUAAGCUUGUCUAUGACAGGAUUUAGACAGACAAUUUUAUUGCGCAAUAUCUCUGUCUCACUUUUAAAUCAUGUGACAACUAAAGGUGCACCCAAACUUUUCUGGAGCGAAACUGCAUUGCAGGAAAAUUAGGUAACUUAUUUAAAUGCACAUUGUAACUCCGCAAAAGUAAAACUCGGUGUGCUUGGACAUUUGUAUUGCGCAAAUUAUUGAUCCGUUUUUAUAUGAUUCGGGUUUUACUUCAAUAUCAAUAUUUGGGAGUCGAUGUUUGAAUUUCUGUUUUAUAUUUUCUUCACUGAUACUGAAGUAUAAUAAUAAAAAGUUGAAAGAAUAA